GUGACGCCGAUGCACUUUCCGCGUUCAAAACAACUGGGAACGAGGAACUCGUGAAGGUCCGACGACAGUGCGUUCAAAACAACUGGGAGCUCUGGAAAAACAACUCAGUCUGGGAAAAAUCAUUUUGUACGGUCAUCCAACUCGGAAUUCCACUUGGGCCUCAUUCUCUUUAUUUGACUACCUAUUUUCCGAGUUCUCAGUUGUUUUGAACGCGGCAACUGUUCUUUGGCAUUACACGGCCAUGACGUUCAUAACAACGCACUUUCGUAAUUAUCAGUUCGUAAUGUCAGAGAACUUGGUAGUGACAUAAAAUCCUCGUUCGCAAACUAGCUACAAUGCUGCCGCCUGAAUUGAUACAGCUUUUGACAGCGAGUGAUUUGGUUGAUUUACGAAUCGACGCAAUUCCUAAAUUGCAGGUGGGCUUUAGACCGGAGAGUUUGUUCAGUUCGUUCACAUCACAGGACGGGGAGGCGAAGUUAACGUUCACCUUCAUUCCACAUCAAAUACUGCUCAACAAGGACCACGAGUUCUUUGAGGAUGGAGACAUACAUAGACACCUGUACCUCCAGAACCUCUCUACCUGCCCAGCUUAUGACUCACCUACAGCCAGGCAGUGUGAGUUCAGGUGUCAUAUAUCUGGCUGUAGCCAGGUGUUCAGUACUGUGGAGGACUAUGAGCAUCACUAUAACACGCUCCACAGACACGUGUGUUCUUCCUGCCAGAGGUCGCUGCCCUCCGCUCGCCUGCUCGACAUCCACAUCCAGGAGUGGCACGACUCGCUCUUCAGUAUUCUGGCUGAAAGGCAGGACAUGUACCAGUGUCUAGUGGAGGGGUGUGGUUUGAAGUACAGAACCAGAGAACAGAGGAAAGACCAUAUGAUCAAGAUCCAUAAGUACCCUUCUGACUUCAUGUUCGACAAGGCGAAGAGGAUCAAGAAAAUCAAAAUAGCGAAGAAGAAUAUGCUGCAGAAAGGCACAAGUAUGGAGGUGUCCAUGAGCGUGAGUGAACCUAAGGGUGUGUGUGAGGUGUUGUCUGACCAACCAGAGGAAGAGGAAUAUAUGGAGAUAAAUCACUCUCUGGAACCAGGUAUCCUGGACCCUGCCGGUAACCCAAUUAACACAGUAGAGCUGUCCACAGAUCAUGAUACUGCCCCAAUCCUCUCUGUCACCAUCCAGCCCACCACAAACCAACAGAGACCACAGCACAACAGAGAGAGACACUCCUACAGGGUUCCUAGGACGGUGUGUUUCGGCCAGGGUUCUGUCCAAGGGUUCAGAGGUCGUGGCAGGAGGAUUUAGAGAAUCUUUAAAGGUGAUGACUCUCAGACAGGAUGCGACCCUUGCAUCGGUCUGGUCUGGCGUGUGUUUUAAAAAUAAUAUUUUCGACAAUAAAUCAUGUUUGUUUAACUCAAGAUAAUGUGUCAAAUGUUAUAGCACUGGUAAUAGCCUAGCUAGCUCAACACCAAUUUAAAAUAAGAUACUAAAAUCAUUCCAAUCCAGAUUGAAAAGGCAAAAGCGAUUACAGACCUGCCAAUAUGCACGCAUUUUGCGUACCAGCUACGCAAUUCUCUGUCCAUGUAAGCAGGUACGAGAUCCAAGUUAAAAGUACGCAGAAAUGAAUACAGCCAGAUUAUUAUUUAUUUUUGUAAACUUUUUUGUAAAAACAAAAUUCAUAAAAAUAAAUCCACUGAGUAAAUCUAACAUCUCGAUUCUCGAGCUGCAACACACAGACAUGUACGGAGUUUGUGUCAACGGACAUGGAUAUUAAUACAUCAUUACUCGACGUAGCUACCCCGUGUCUGCCCCUCUUUGUUGUGAUGCAAAGUUUGCCGACUGUCAGCUGUAGGUAAACACAUGGACAAAUCCCUUUUCGACUCUGUGUGUUGUGGAAAGGUAAACACUAAUUGCUUCAAGCUAAAGUUAGCGAACAUAAGAUGGACAUUCAGUGGGCUCUAAAGUGCCAGCAGUUCACUCACAUUUGCUAGUGAAAGAAAUUAAAUGCAAAUAUGAAAAAGAACUGGUCGCAUUUGUGCGAGUGUGAUAUACAUUUAAUUCAGCGUCUCAUUGGUUGUAUUUUCCACGUAACAUGAGGAUCACGCAACCUGAUAGACUAACUAUGAUCCACGUCACAAAAAGCACAACAAAAGUAUAAUCAAAAAUAAAUAUAAACAUCAUGGCAUUAAAUGGAGUCGGGAGUUUAGAAGACGCGAUGAAGAAUUAAUGAGUGUCCGGUGUUAGCUAUAGAGGCAAUGCUUCUAAAAUGCCUUUGCACUAGAUUUGAGAUCAAUUUUGAAAAUCUGAAAUGAUGUAUAUGCUGCAAAGAAAUACAAUAGGCACCUUUACAUAGGCUGAAGCACCGGACUCUUCUAGCGAACAGUGUUCAGAUUCCCUUUGCAGUAGCCUACUUAAGCUUUAUGUAGCCAGUUUGUGGUCUGUGUCGAUGCGAUUUUUUUUUAUUUAUUUUCCCAAAAAAGGUUUAGCUUUUAGUGUUGAUUAGGAACCAUGUCUAAAAAGCCAAUACUAGUGGUUGGCCCUGUUUGAGAGGUGACAACACGUUCCUCUACUAUAGAGACUAAACUUGGGGGCAUGUGCUAAUUAUCUACAACGUUUUUCUUAUCUCCAUUCUACACUGUACAUGUAAUGGAUUAAACAUAGACAGUCUGUGCUAAUUCCACAAAACAUAUAUUUAUUUUAUUUUUUUAUUUUAUUUUAUUUAUUUUACCGUUAUUUUACCAGGUAAGUUGACUGAGAACACGUUCUCAUUUGCAGCAACGACCUGGGGAAUAGUUACAGGGGAGAGGAGGGGGAUGAAUGAGCAAAUUGUAAACUUAUAUGUUCUGUACUCAUCAGUAUGAAUCUAUGUUCUGUAAAUAUCUCUUCAGAGGACUGAUCUGAACCAGGUGUGAUCCAUAAUGUCUAAGCACAUGAAUCUCCAAUUUGCCCCGUGCGUCUGGUGCUCUAAAAAGCUUGUCAGGUCUGCGAUUAGUGUUAUUAGAGGCUUGCUUUAGGACCAUGCUGACAGGCAGGCUGUUUAGCGGCAGUAGAGAGUAUGUUUUAAGACCAUGUGGACUCUUCGGAGCGGGUGGGAAGACUGUAUGCCUGGCUGGCUGUACAUGGAUGCAGCUGCAGUGAAGAGCAAAACUUUUCUCUCAAAACAGUACAGAGGUGGAGAUGGCUGUAGAUGUCUUGGUAACUGCUGUUUGACACAGCAUGAACCUAAACUACAGUUUUUAAUCCUGGUGCUGAGCAGCUAAUUGCUGUAUGACAUGUUUGUAGAAUGUUAAGUCCCCUAUCGACUGAGUUGAAUGAAGCUUCAGCAGCCAACGUAAUGGUUGGAGUAAAAGUGGCUUGUUUUUGUAAUCCAAAUGCUAUUAGUUUUUACAUUGUAUAGAAAUGCAGUAAAUGAGCUUCAACUUCAUAAAAAUAAAGUUGAAGCUCACCCUAGGUUUAGCUGAAAAAGGCAAGCCAGGAGACUAGGCCUACAUUGGCCCAAUUUUGCCAUUCUCCCAUAUGAUGGCGCUGCAAUAUCAGCAACCAUUGACUUAUAAGUAAAUAUCGGCAGCAACAUGUUGCAGAUGUAGUCUCGAAAACAAGACCCUAGGCAACAGUAGCUAUGUUUCCAUUAACUUGUCCAGUAAUUGUUUUUGUCGACAUUUAGAAAGUUUGCAUAGAAAACAGAUUCGAUAAUUGGUGUGUGUCUAAUUAACAAUCUUGUGUCAAUUAAAAACAGCUGGACGUAAUGACGUCACACCAUUUAGGCAAAUUGCGCAUUUAAUAAAUUGUUGACAGCCUGUAUGCCCUCCCACCUACCUGUGUCUCGGGCAGCAUGGAUAGAAUGCAAGAAUUUACUAAUAUUUGCCAUAUUCUAAUAAUUCUCAUGUGUCAACAUAUCACUUCCUCCGCCGCGUCCGAUGAGAAGCAGUUUGCCGGCCGCAUUCAAAGUGGGAAAGUAGCUAGUAGCGUCGCAGGACUUGGAAAGAAUUCAGCCAGCUGUGAUUGACUGACAGAUAGCAAGCUAAAUACCAUGUUACAUGUAAACUCAGCAGACUAGCUAACGAAUUAGGUAGAAUUACACAUUUUCAGAUACAAAAACUAGUCAUGCUGAUGGACGAGCUCUCGCCACACUUUCAGUCUGUAUAUUUGCAUUGUGUUCUGCUACCAUGUCCCCCAUGGCAAGGGGUUGUUAACAAUGAUGUGCAUUUGGAAAGUAUGUUACGUUACACCCUUAUUCUAAAAUUGAUAAAAGUACUUUUUUCCCUGAUCAAUACACACACACACACAAUCCCAUAAUGACAAAACAAAAACAGGUUUGUAAAAUACAGAAAUUACUUAUUUACAAAUGUAUUCAGACCCUUUGCUAUGAGACUCGAAAUUGAGCUCAGGUGCAUCCUGUUUCCAUUGAGCAUCCUUGAUGUUUCUACAACUUGAUUGGAGUCCACCUGUGGUGAUUGGACAUGAUUUGGCAAAAUGGCUUAAGGACAACAAAGUCAAGGUAUUGGAGUGGCCAUUACAAAGUCCUGACCUCAAUCCUAUAGAAAAUUUGUGGGCAGAACUGAAAAACCAUGAGUGAGCAAGGAGGCCUACAAACCUGACUCAGUUACACCAGCUCUGUCAGGAGCAAUGGGCCAGAAUUCACCCAACUUAUUUGUGGGAAGCUUGCGGAAGGUUACCCAAAACGUUUGACCCAAGUUAAACAAUUUAAAGGCAAUGCAACCAAAUACUAAUUGAGUGUAUGUAAACUUCUGACCCACUGGGAAAAGUGAUAAAAGCAAUUAAAGCUGAAAUAAAUCAUUCUCUCUACUAUUAUUCUGACAUUUCACAUUCUUAAAAUAAAGUGGUGAUCCUAACUGACCUAAGACGGAAUUUGUACUAGGAUUAAGUGUCAGUAAUUGUGAAAAUCAGUUUAAAUGUAUUUGGCUAAGGUGUAUGUAAACUUCCGACUUCAACUGUAUAUACUAGACGGUGUCAGAGGAAUGGCCAAAAAAUUGUCUGACUCCAGUCACCCAAGUCAUAGACUGUUCUCUCUGCUUCCGCAACUGAGCGCCAAGUCUAGGUCCAAAAGGCUCCUUAAUAGCUUCUACCCCCAAGCCAUAAGACUGCUGAACAAUUUAUUCAAAUAGCCAAACUGCCCCCCUAAACCCGUUUUUGCUUCGUCAUUAUGGGUAUUGGUGAGGGGGGGGAAACGAUUUUAUAAAUUUUAGAAUAAGGCUGUAACAUAACAAAAUGUGGAAAAGGUCAAGGGGUCUGAAUACUUUCCGAAUGCAAUUUGUUUAAUAAAGCUGAAAUGUUGAUUGA